AUGUUAUGUCUGGCGAUGGCGUUCUGGCCGCUCACCGUCGAGAUUAUCAUCACAUUUGUGUUGUCAUCGUAUCUGUUGAAUCGGUUCGGCAAUUGGGUCGACCAAAACAUCGUAACCACUGUCUCGGUCUUCAUCUCCUGGUUCUUCUCAUUCAUCGUUAUAUUUAUUCUUCCGUUGGAUAUCUCGACCACAACGUAUUUGCAAUGUUUGCAAGACUUCAAUAUCACAAGUCAUGAGACUGUUGUACACCAAAUGGUGGAUCAGCUGAAUGUGACUAAUGUGACGACAACUGCCGUCCCUUUAAUACCAAUCCUACCGACGUUAAGCCCGUGCGAAGAGCCCUGGAGUUACGCUCCCAAUCAAGUAUUGCCCACUCUUUGGCGUAUAGUCUAUUGGACGUCACAAGUGCUCACUUGGAUUGUCUUACCUCUGAUGCAAUCGUAUUCAAUGGCCGGAGAGUUCACAGCCGGUGGCAAAUUAAAGGCCGCUCUAAUCGAUAACGCUAUAUAUUACGGAUCAUUUGCCGUCAUUUUCAUUGUGUUUAUAAUCUAUGUGUCGAUUAAAACACACCUUAGUUUAGAGGGCAUUAAAAUCAUAUGUAUAACGGCUGCCAACACGUGGGGACUCUUCUUACUGGUGGUAUUGUUGGGGUACGGGUUGGUAGAGAUCCCGCGAUCGUGUUUCAAUAGCAGUCAUUACGGCCGCACUUUGAGUUACCUCUACUUUAGAGUCUCUAAACUAAGCGCAGAAAAGUGCGAAUCCGACGAAAAGCUUGAAGACGUCUUGGAAGAGAUCCAAACGUGUCUCGAAUCACUGUCGGGAGAUCACGACCCGAUGCGACCAUAUCUGGACAUUAUUGUAGAUAAAUGUCCGCCGGAAUGGAAACAACAAAUGAUGACUCGUUUGGCACAAAAUAGCAGUCUUUCUGUGAAUUAUUCGGGAAAUGGAUUCAAUGAGAAGUCUUUGACGCGAAUGCAUAAGAAUAUCAUACAAGCGAUGCAAACAAAUCACAGAACUCACUGCCAAUGGAAUAGAAUUAUAAGUCAAUCCAUUGAAUGGGAAGAUGUGGCCAAAAACGAGGUCAGUUUGAGUCGUCUCUACAGACCUACCAUUGAGAAGCGCCGUUCAAUGUCUACUUUGGCUAAUAUAAUAAGAGAAUCAGUAUAUACUCCGAAGAUUGAGUGGUACUGGAAGUGUCUGUUUCGGUCAUAUUUCUAUCGAGUGCUCGGAUAUGUAUUAACAGUGUUCUCAUUGAUGGUUGUCUGGUCUGAAAUGACAUUCUCUGUUGAAUCCAUUCCUCUUAGCAUUUUUGCAUUAAUUAUGAAAGCAUUGAGAAAUAAUUACAGUUACUUUCUUAUUGAGUCAUUUUCGAUCGUAUCGAUAGCCUAUCUGUGCGUUUGUGCUUAUUAUACAGUAUUUAAGAUCAGAAUUUUCAAUUACUAUUACCUCUCAGCCCAUCACCAAACAGAUGAAUACAGUCUCAUCUUCUGCGGAAUGCUUUUGUGUCGUUUGGCGCCUCCUCUGUGUCUCAAUUAUUUAGGACUCAUUCAACUGGACUCUCAUAUAACUCAUAUCACUAAAAAAGAGACCGCUUUCACCCAAAUUAUGGGUCAUUUGGAUGUCAUCUCAUUCAUCGGUGAUAUUUUCAAC